UUAGCGUCGCACAGACGCGCUCUCCACAGGCUCCCCUUACUUAAUAGCCAUUUCGCUCCUUCGCGGAAGUUCGAUAUUCCGAUAUCUCGAUAGUUCAAUAGUUAAUAGUGCAAUAGUUCUUGAGGCCACCGGCAAAAUGGUGCACACUAACGAGCAGAACGAGGAUCAGCUAAUGGUCAAGCGGGUUCAAGAGCUGCAGGAGUGGGCCAAGAACCAGACACAGUUGCCGCCGAAUAUAUCCUGCCUGCUGCUGCGCCGCUUUCUGCACACGACGCGCGGCGAUCUGUCCGCCGCCCAGCGCCUCAUCGAGCACAACUAUGGACUGCGGAACAAGCAUGCCAACAUCUUCAUCGACCGGGAUCCCCUGGAUGCCAGCUCCCAGCAGUUGCUGCAAGUGGCUGAUCUUGUGCCGUUGCCCGGCCUGACACCGGAGAACAACAAGCUGCUCUUUUACCGCCUCAUUGACUUUGAUGCCGAUAAGUUCAACUUUACCGCUGGAAUCAAGGUGUUCUUCAUGGUGGCCGACUGCCGCUUUGCCACCGAGGACAAGGAGCGUUUAUCCGAUGGCGAGAUUCCCAUUUUCGACAUGGCAGGCUAUACGCUGCGCCAUCUUACCAAGACGGCACUCGGUGCCCUGCGCGUCUACAUGAAGUUCGUCCAGGAGGCGCAUCCGGUGCGGCUCAGGGAGAUCCAUGUGCUGAAUUGCCCCUCUUACGUGGACAAGGUGAUGGCCGUGGUGAAGCCAUUUAUCAAGAGCGAGGUCUUCAAGCUGAUCCACUUCCAUUUGCCGGGGGCAGAGACGCCAUACCGGCACUUUCCGCGCUCCAUGCUGCCGGAGGAGUAUGGCGGCGAGGCGGGCAAAAUGGCUGACCUGAAGGCCAAGUGGAUGCAGUUGCUCAAGGAGCAAAGGGACUAUCUGAUGGAUGCGCAAAACUGGCAGAUGAACAAGCUCAAAAAGGGCAGCCGUGGCAAGUCCCACGAUGCUGCAGCCUCGCAGAUUUCACAAAAUCUUCGCAGCCUGGAAAUAGAUUAAAUAAUUGGAGUUAAAUAUGUUAUCUUUAAUUACAUGUUAAAUUAAUGACUUAAUUUUUUCGGUUGGAACCGAUAUUUAAGUUUUAGAGGGUAUAUAUGUAUAUCGUGUUUAUGGGAAAUCGUAGGGGAAACUCGUUAGUUUUUUAUGGAGUUUUUGUUUGUUUUUCUUUUUUUCUGAUUCAAUUCCCCAGCUGGGCUUGGGUUUAUGUUAAUAAAUAUGUUUAUUAUAUGUUUUAAGGUUAUUAUAUAUUUAUUGCAAUGUAAAUAUGUUGGUAAACAAGUGUGCUUUGUUUUUAUUUUAUGCAAAUAAAUGGAAAUAAUGGAAAA